GGCUUUAAUCAGUGAAAAAUUACGGCCGAGAUUAUUUUUAAGCUGAUAACUCAUUAAUUUACGAUACAUACAUGUAUAUAUUUAGUAGUGUUGAAUCCACCAACAAAACAACAUCCCGAUCGAUUCGCCAGACGCAAAAUAUUUUUUUAGGUGCCUUACAUGAAAUUUUUAAAACAAUGGACAACUUGAUUAUCAUAUUAGCCCUGAUACUAAUAUUCGUGUAUCUUAUAAAACGAUGGUUUCUAUCAAGUUAUACCGGCUAUUGGACCAAGCUUGGCAUCAUCUCCAUAAAGAACAAGGUCUCCCUAUUCGACUUACUCACUGGUAAGAAAUCCAACAACGAUGGAGACAUGCAACAUUACACAGCAUUAGGUCAAGAAAGGUACGGUGGACUGAUGGAAUUUGGAAUUCCACUCCUUCUCGUGAAGGACUUGAGCCUUGCAAGGACAAUUUUCAUUAAAGACUUUCACCACUUUUCUGAACGGAGAGACGUCCCAAACUCGUCAGACACGCUUAUCACAGACUCACUCUUUUUCAUGAGGGGACAGUCUUGGAAAAAUAUGAGAACUUUCCUCAGUCCCGGAUUUACAUCGGGCAUGGUUAGAAAAAAGUUUCCACAUUUUGCAAGAAGUGCCACAAACCUGCAAAACUGGAUGAAUACCCAUCAAAAAACUUCAUCCGGAGAAUAUGAAAUCCCAGUUUCUGAUGCAAUGCGGAAAUAUGCCGUCGAAGUUAUUGGAGCAGCCGCCUUUGGAUUGAACUUAAAUAUAUUUUCCGAUAAAAACUCAAAAUUUCUGGAAAUGGCUGAUCGAAUUGAAAAUAUUAAUGUGUGGCAAAAAUUUAAAUUUGCAAUUUUCCAAACAUUUCCUCGAUUUGCCGACUUGUUCAAGAUUUCCCCGUUGGAUUCUGACAUGUCCAAGUAUUUCAGAAAUGUACUUGCAUCAGCCAUCGAGGCUAGAGAGCUGAGUUCAUGUGGUGAAAAAGACUUUCUCCAGUUGUUGGUAGACCUUAAGACUGGCACGGGAAAAAUUGAAGUACAAGCAAAACAAGGAGAUCAUAAAUCUAGGGAAGAUCUCGCCGUUUCUCAAGCUUGUUUAUUUUUAAUAGCUGGAUUUGACACGGUCGCAAACAAUUUGAUGGUAUCAACUUACAUGUUAGCGACUUAUCCUGAACUUCAGCAAAAGGUGCGAGAGGAAGUGGAUAGAAUUUGUGGUGAGAGUGAAAUUUGCUACGACCACAUUAACGAGAUGGGCUUCUUGGAUAACUUCAUAGCAGAAACUCUUCGUCUCUACCCGGGUGUACCUCGUUUGGAGAGAAAAUGCGUUCUGGAUUAUCCAAUUCCGAACUCAACCCAUGUCAUACCGAAGGGAACGAUUGUCAUUGUCGUAGCAGAAUCAGUCCAUAAAGAUGCGCAGUACUGGACCAAUCCUCUACGAUUUGAUCCCGAUCGGUUCAAUUUGGAAAACAAGGCAAUUCAGAACAAUAAUGCAUACAUGCCGUUCGGAAUCGGUCCAAGGAAUUGCAUCGGCAUUAAAUUUGCAUUGGUUGAGACGAAGCUUGCCCUGGCUACUCUCGUUAAACAUUACGAAAUUUCUGGGACAGAGACAACUCAGGAUUAUGUACCAGUUAAAGAUUUGUUUGGAUAUAAGACACAUCCAGAUCUUAAACUUCGAUUUAAGCCAAGGAAAUAGUUUUAGUGAAAAAAUAAAAUAAAAACUUGUACCGAACUCAAAAUAAUCAAAUAAACUAUGUCACAAUAUA